AUGAGCAGUUCGAACGACUCGCGAACGCUGAUACGAACUUCCUACGAAUGUUUGCGCCGCAUUUUGGAGAUUGACACGCAGUCGACAUUAGCACAACUAAAUCUGAUGGAAUCGCUCAAUAAUUCGGCGAUUUUGAAGUACAAGGAAAUAGAGACGUACCUGGACGGUCUCGAGACAGACACUGCUCAUAUCAGCGCUCUGGACCGCGAGUUACAUAGAAGCAAGCCCCAAUUGGACACGUUGGAGGCUCGUGUACAGAAACUUGCAGUUCUGGUGGAUCAGAUCGACGAAUGGUCUGCAGAACUUGAAGUCAAGAGUCGCCAUUAUCACAAGAGCUAG